UUCCAUAAAUUGACUGAUCGAAAGACCUGAAGUAUGAUGUACAUGAAUAAUGAACUGUUAAUUUAUCUCUUCUUACGUUCUCUCUCUCUCAACAAACACCACGGACAUGUGGUUACUCGUCUACCUUUACUUUUUGGGUUUCUUGUUCAAUUUUUCCAUAACCGAUGCGACUGAAAUUUACUACCUGAAUCACAGUUGUUCAAGCAACAAAACCUUCGCUCCAAACAGCACCUACGAAUCCAAUCUCCGAACCCUCCUCCAGUCCCUAUCUUCCCAUGCCACCACUGCACUGUUCUUCAACACCACAUCGGAUGGUGGAGACGGCAAGGAAAUCAUUUACGCCUCCUUCAUGUGCCGUGGCGAUGUCACCAACCACACGUGCCAAGAGUGCAUCAGAACUGCAGCCCAACAAAUAUCUCAAGUGUGUCCCAACUCCAAAGAGGCCUUAAUUUGGUACCACGAAUGUUUGGUUCGUUAUUCGAACCGUUGUUUUUUCUCCACCUUGGAAGAGUGGCCAAGAUUCAACUUCAUUGAUUACAACGUAACGAAUUCAACGAACGAGAAGGGAAGCUAUGGGUUCUGGUUGUUAUCGAAAACGUUGAGUGAUGCAGUGGGUGAGGCAGCGAAGGGCACCAUGAAAUUUGCAACAAAAAACGCUACCGUGUUUGGGUCCCAGCAAAUUCAUACUCUGGUUCAGUGCACGCCAGAUCUAUCGAGCGAAGAUUGCAGUGACUGUUUGGGUGAUAUUAUGAAAGAUAUUUCUUUGUGUUGUCUAGGAAGGGUCGGUGGAAUGGUUCUAUAUCCCAGCUGCACUUUGAUGUUUGGGUCCAGACAUUUCUACAGAGACGUUAUCGUUGCUUCGAAUGCCACACAAGAAUCAUUACCUUCAGGUAAAGUCUCAUGCGCCAAAUGUUUCCAGAAACCUAAUCUUGAAAAAAAAACAAUCUUCUUUAUAAUUUAAAACUAGUUUACGUAUGAGCAAAUUUACAGAAAUAAAUAUUUUUUUAUUAUUUCUUCUAAAAUUAAUUUCCCAUAAGUUUCCUCUGAAUUAACUUUGCAUAAUUUUCUUCACCGUGCUUUGAUAAACAAACCUUAAUUUUCGUCCAUUAAAUACAUAACUUGUUUGGUGAUGCCACUUCAACUACUGACACCCGUUUUUCUAAGGUAAUAGUAUGACAUGUUUAAU